AUGGAAGGGGAGGAAGAAGCGGAAGGUCAUACAGGUUACGAGUAUCAAGAGCAAUACCAGAAAGAAGUAGAACAGGAAGAAUCGGAAGAGCCUAAAAUUGAGUUCGUAUUAAGCGAGGAGGCAAAAGCAAUGUUUCGCUUUUCUGAAUUAAGGCGGCAACGACUCGCAAAAGAAAAAGCAGUUGAUGAUGAUAAAGAUUCCAACUCAUCUUCAAAUAAUGAUUUCAUCGACCUGAAUCCUUGGCCGGAUCCUACGCUCAUUCCAUCAUUUCAUCAUCAGCCUAGCAUAGAAUCUAAAGAAUUCUACGGAGAUUCUUAUACAUUAAUCAAUACAUUAGAAGCAGCGGUAAAUUCCAAAUUUGCUCAAAGUUUUGAUAAAUCUAAUCAAGACGAUGUAGUCUAUUGGCCUGUAUUACCUUUAAGAUACGUUUAA